AUGGACGAAGACUUGACAGCGUCGCAUUGGGACGACGUCCUUCUGCCAUCAAAGAAUGACCUUUCAGUUUCAAAUCAUUUCCACAGUUUGGCCAUUGACGAUCCGCAUAGAGAUCCCGAAGUCAAAGUCGAGGAAUACGAUCUAGACAACGAUCGUGAUGAUCACAAUGACGAAGAGACUCCCUACGAUGAAGGAGAAACUGACACUGCAUUGGAAUUGGACCGCUCAUCUCAGCAGGGACUCUAUUCGUCGCUGCAUCGGUCAUUUCUUCCGGAGUUUUCUGCUUCGGCGCCUUCUGAGUUUGAGCAAGAAGAACGCCGACAAAAGAACGCUGCAAUGGUGGAUCAACUUACUGCUGGUGCGGAUAAGCUAGAACUUGAAGCCGCAAGUCGUCUGGUUCUCGAAAUUGACUCCUCAGCGGCCCUUUUUGCAGACAAGGGGUCUCCUAUCAAAAUAGAUUCAUCUUCAAAUGCGGCUCCUCAAUCGCCAACACGCGCACCAGCAUUGAAGAAUGGUAAGUUGCGAACCAAGCGGUUCCGCAAAUAUCCUCCUCUGACCGUGGUCACGCAUUUGAAAGGGGAUGUGGCUCCUGCCAAUGAUCCGUUAUUGUCCGCGGGCCCUGAUCCAUCCAAAGACUCUCGUCUGGUUUCUGGCGCUAGUGACAAACAGAAAGAAAUUGUCAAGGAUAUGAAUGCUCCGCUUUAUGAUGUUCCAUCCGCUUCCGAGAGUCAGGCACAAGAUCAUAUUGGAUCCGGUCCCUUGCUACCUUCAUCAGAGAUCUCUACCGAGGAAAUUAUCCUGGAAAACGGUAGAAAAGGAAAACAACCCACUUCAAGCGCAUCUUACCUCAAGAUCUCUGUCGGUGAUCCUGUCAAGGUAGGUGAUAUCACAACUGCGCAUAUUGUAUACCAAAUUCGAACCGUAAAUGACAACCCAGACUCCACCGUCUUCCAAGGAUCAGAGUCUAUCGUAUCCCGGAGAUACAAGGACUUCCGCUGGAUUUACCAUCAGCUCCAGAGUAAUCACCCUGGAAGGAUAAUCCCACCACCUCCCGCAAAACAGACAUACAUUGGACGCUUCAACGAAAAUUUCGUUGAAAACAGACGAAUGUCCCUUGAAAAAAUGCUUUCGAAAAUAUCCAAGGUCUCUUGUCUCGCAGAUGAUCCCGACUUUAUCAUGUUCUUGACAAGCAAUGAUUUUGCUAAUGAAUCUAAGGAGCGAGAGAGCGCCAGCGGGUCUGCCGCAUCACACGCAAGUUUAGCAGAUGAUGACAAUGAUAGCUCUUCGCCUUCCGUUAUCUCCUCGAGUGGAGGGCCCCAGGGUUUCAUUAGCUCGCUAUUCUCAAUGGCUCCAAAAAUUGAAGAACCUGACGAAUUCUUUGCAAACAAAAAGGUCUAUAUCCAAGACCUCGAAUUUAAUCUCAAAACUUUUAGUAAGUCACUCGAAAUGAUUGUGACUCAGCGUGUCGAAACUAUUUCAGUUGUCGAGCAACUCUCCAGUUCGUUCGAAGAGCUUGCUGACGUAGAAAUUCUGAAAAAGACCAAGGAUCUCCUUUCUGCAUUUGCAAACGUGAACGAGAAACUCAAGGAUAAUCUAGAGCGGGUGAACUUGCAAGAGCAGCUCACAUUAGGAUUUACUAUUGAGGAAUACCUACGAAUCAUUGGAUCCAUUAAGUACGUUUUUGAGACCAGAACGAGAAUCUAUCACCAGCUACAUACUUUUCAAAGUGAUUUGAGCAAAAAAGAAGAGUCUCUUGAGAAGCUCACCUCAAAGUACAAGAGCUCUGUCGACAAAAUCAACAUGCUCAAAUUUGAGGUCGAUAAGCUCCAGCAAAAAGUAGCCUACUUUAGUGAGAAUUUCAAGAGCAUUAGUGAGACAAUUCGAAGCGAGCUAGACACUUUUGAGAUUGAAAAGAUCGAUGACUUCAGAAACAGUGUUGAGAUAUACAUAGAGAGUUCGAUUGAGUCGCAGAAAGAGGCCAUUGAAACGUGGGAAACCUUUUACGAGCGUCAUAACUUGUCAUCUGUAUAG